AUGCCAACUGCAUAUAUCAACGGAAAUGUCUACACUGUCAACGAAGCCAGUCCAAGGGCUGAAGCCUUCAUUGUGAAUGAUGAAGGGCUUUUCGAAGCCAUUGGGUCGACCGAGGAAAUUACCAAGAAAAGUUCAGGAAUGAAUGUGGUCGAUUUGAAAGGAAAGUUUGUCAUGCCUGGAAUGCACGAUGCCCAUUGUCACUUGUUAAUGGCUAGCGAGGAAAAGUUGUUUGAAGCCAAGUUGGGUCAGGAUUCCGGACCCGAUGAAAUUGUUGCAAAAUUUAAAGAGUAUUCGAGUGGUGCUUGCAACCAUUUGGAUACCGUCAGCAAUUGGUUAGUGGGUAAUUUUUACCACUAUGCCAACUUCAAGGACAAAAAACCGGACAGAAAGUUUCUUGAUGAUGCUUUUGGCGACCAACCAGUUGUCAUUAGAGAGUAUACUACUCACAAUAUUUUUGCCAAUACUGCAGCAUUGAGGGCAGCUGGGUACGAGGAGGAUCCAAUUGACCCUUGGGAUGGAUACUAUGUUCGCAGAGAGGAUGGUACCAUCACUGGAGAAUUGGUUGAAGGAGCUGCUACUCGGCUUUUCAAUUCGUUGCCAAAGGGAAGACCUGAAGAUAACGUCAAAGCACUUCAAUAUGGUGUGAAGAUGUCCAAUAGAUUUGGUUUCACCGCCGUGCAAGAAGCUUCUGCCAACACCGUCUAUCUUGAAGCUGCCAAAACGUUGGAAAGUCUGGGCGAUUUAACCAUUAAUUUGGAUGCUCAUGUUGUGUUCUAUGGAGUUGGUGCUUUUCCUCAGGAAAGUGUUGGAUCGUUACACCACACUUUGUGGAACGCCAAGAACUACAAAAGCAAACACUUUAAUCCAAUGUUCACUAAGUGCUGGAUCGAUGGUGUUCCUUGGCAUCCUCAUGAAACCCAUACUCCUUUGACGGAAGAUGGUAAGGUUGACUAUUCGAGAUUAUUGAUUCCACAAGAAACGUUCAAAAAGGCUAUUGAGCGGUUUGACGGUGAGGGAAGAACCUGUAAGGUCCAUGUUUGUGGCCAAGGUUCAGCUCGGUUUGCCUUGGAUUGCUUUGAGGAAUUGAGAAAGAGAAACCCUAAUGGUCCAAAGCACGAAUUGGCUCACAACAUGGAUGUUACAGAAGAAGAUUGCAAGCGUUACAAGGCGUUGAAUAUAACUGCCGAGAUGUCUCCUGCUAUCUGGCACGACCCUGACUUUCAACCUGAAACCAAUCCAAAGUCAGUCUACCCAUUUAACAACUUGAAGAAAUAUGGCGCACUUUUGACCAUUGGUUCCGAUUGGGUAUUUGCUCCCGACACCCCCAAUAUUUUUCCUGGUUUGCAAGCGUUAACCGAGAACAAGCAUGGAUGGGACUUGACUAGAGAAGAAGUCAUUAAAAUGGUCACUAUCCAUGGGGCAGAGGCCGUUUCUAGGGAGAAAGAUGAAGGCACUAUCGAAGCUGGAAAGUUGGCCAAUUUCAUUAUCUUGGAUAGAGAUUUGACUUCGGCUCCAUCAAUUGCUGACACAAUUGUCUAUAAGACCUAUUUUGAAGGUAAGGAAGUGUAUGACUAUGAUACCGACGAACUCAAGCACUUUCAGGGAAAGUUAUAG